AUGGACACCUCACCGCGGGAUCCCGCGACAGCUUCCACGCCGCAACAGCACCCAAUCCCACAGCGACAAUCCUCUGCAGGCCCUCUCUCUACCCCGAUCGAUGCAAUCCCUCUCCGCACAUCCAGCACAAACAGCAACCGCAUGAGCAGCCACACAUUCGGCCAGCAGCCCAGCAUCUCGUCCGUCAUGGCCGACAACGGCGUCCUCCCGCGCACGCGAGCACCCGACACCGGCCGAAAGAACUCCAUGGCCUACAUUGACGUCUCGGCAGCAGAUUCCUCGCGGCCGCCGCCACGUACAAACUCCGGCGUCAUGCUGCACCAGCAGUCCCCGACGUCGCCGCAGGACCCGUCCCGCUACGCCUACGAAGACCUCGACUUUGCCCCCGAGCGAUCAUGGACCGACGACAAAGAAGGCAUCAUCCGCGGCCCGUACAAUUACCUCGUCAGCCAUCCGGGCAAGGACAUUCGAUCGCAGCUCAUCUCUGCAUUCGACGCUCUCCUCGAAGUACCACCCGACAGCCUCGCCAUCAUCACCAAGGUGGUCGGCAUGCUCCACGAGUCCUCGCUGCUCGUUGACGAUGUACAAGACUCGUCCGAGCUGCGCCGCGGGUUCCCGGUGGCCCAUCACAUCUUUGGCGUGCCGCAGACCAUAAACUCGGCAAACUACGUCUACUUCGUAGCUGUCCAGGAGCUGCUCAAGCUCAACAACCCCGAAGCCCUCAAGACGUUUGCGGACGAGCUGGUCAAUCUACACCGUGGCCAGGGCAUGGAUCUGUUCUGGCGAGAUACUCUAACGUGUCCCUCUGAAGACGACUACUUGGAAAUGGUGGGCAAUAAGACGGGCGGCCUGUUCCGGCUGGGCAUCAAGCUGAUGCAGGGCGAAUCGCCGCACGCCGCGACAAUUGACUGCGUGCCGCUGGUCAAUUUGAUUGGUCUUAUUUUCCAGAUCCGCGACGAUUAUAUUAAUUUGGCGUCGGAGGAGUACUCAGCGCACAAGGGCAUGUGCGAGGAUCUGACGGAGGGCAAGUUCUCGUUUCCUGUGAUUCAUAGCAUCCGGUCGAAUCCGAGCGACUUGCAGCUCGUGAGCAUCCUCAAGCAGAAGACGUCGGAUGUGCAGGUCAAGAGAUAUGCUGUGACGUAUAUGCAGCGCACGGGCAGCUUUGAGUAUACGCGCAAGGUGAUUGCCACGCUGAUUGAGAGGGCGAGGAGGGUGACUAUGGAGCUGGACAAGGGCCGUGGAAAGGCGGAUGGCGUCAUGAAGAUUCUAGACAAGUUUGUCGUGGAGUAG